UUGAUAUCCGUGCAAGGCUUCGACACGGUCAAUGUGUGUUGUAGUCCCACCCAUAGGGCAUCGUUGUCCAUUGAAGAUAAGCAGAUCUCAUCUAGCUCCUGAGAAGCCGUGUGUGAUUUGUUGACUCGGACAAGCCCCAGGCCGCUUCUUCUCUGCCACAAACUUCAGCUUUUCCAUUGUCCACAGCAUCCUACUACCACACGCACCUCAUCUUCUUUUUGUCAUAAUCCUUAGAUCGAAAAGCAAAGAUUUGCUGCCGACACUCCGAAAAGACACCAUGACAGUAUCAGUUCUUUGUUUCUAUUCCCGUCGCCCAGAAGUCACCCCGGAGCAUUUCCAGUCGUACAUGGAGGAAAACCAUCUGCCUUUGAUCAAGGAGGUCUUCGAGAUGCAUCCCCCGCAGUCUUACAGGUUGCGCUAUGUAGUACGCGUCAAGACUGGAGCUGGAGACCGACUGGGCGCUGUCACAUCAAGCAGAGCAAAAGCGGAUCCAGAUGCGCCAGUUGUACUUGUCGGGUCUCCUCAGGAUAUGGAUUGGGAUGCAGUAGGAGAGAUGGUAUUUCGGGAUGAGCUGCACAUCCAGCAGUGUCUGUCCAUAAUGAACGGCCCCGGUGGGCAGCGAAUAAAAGAGGACGAGGAAACUAUUGCGAUACCGGAGAAGACCCGCGUAGUACUGACGGCUGGGGACAACCUGUUCAUCUGAGCCGGGCACGCGCAGGCGAACUUCAAGAGAGGACAGUAAAAUUCAAGGGUAGAUCGACGGGCAAGAGGACAAAUGCCACCGGGUGGCGUUUGAGAAGCAAGGGGUCCUCCAAAAGCAUGGAAGAUCAUCGAGACCGAGACUGCACAAUGUUCCUGUUUGUGCCAUCUACGUGGAAAACGUGACGACAACUGGGAUACCGAACGAGAGGCAUAUACCAUACCAUAGACAGUUGCAGACUGAUAGAGAAUGACUAUCAAUUUCGAAAGCCAGGGAGUUGUCAAUGAGCUGCGUUCGCUGCACUUGUCGACGGCUGGCUGUUCCGGUUAUCUCAACGAUACGCCAUCAAUGCGCUU